AUGGCGUCCUCCGGCAAUCUUGAGCACGUCAAGGAAUGGCAAGACCGAGCAACGAAACUCACACCCUUGAACCUCAAGCAAAUCGAGAAGCCUCUCGCAGAGCUCGACGCGCACCUUACACUCCGUAGCCACAUCGUCGGCUACGGACUCACUGAGGCCGACACAAUAGUAUGGCGCACUCUCAGAGAGAACCGCGUCGCGCACGCGUACAUCAAGCAAGGGCUUAUGAUCAAUUUGUCUCGCUGGUUCCGCUACAUCGAGGAGGCUUAUCCGGAGACUGCGCUGCCUACCCAGCCCGUGAAGACAGCCAAGGGCGAUGACUCCAAGAAUGAGAAGGAUGAGUUCGCUAGCUACGAUAUUGGCUUGCAAGAUACGGAACAUGGCGUAGUGACGCGAUUCCCACCUGAGCCCUCCGGCUACCUCCACAUUGGCCACGCCAAAGCUGCGAUGCUGAACGAUUUCUUCGCUCACAAAAAGUACAAGGGCACGCUGCUCCUCCGCUUCGACGACACCAACCCUUCGAAAGAGAAACAGGAAUUCCAGGACGCCAUCGUCGAGGAUCUGGCCCUCAUGGGCAUCAAGGCCGACAAGACAAGCCAUACGAGCGACUACUUCCAAGAGCUAUACGACUACUGCGUACAGAUGCUGAACGAGGGCACCGCCUACGCGGACGACACGCCGCAAGAGGUACUGAAAAAGGAGCGGAUGGACGGCAUCGCCAGCGCCCGACGCGACGCCAGUAUCGAAGAGAACCUCGCGAACUUCGAGAAGAUGAAAGCCGGCACUGAAGAGGGCAAAAAAUGGUUCAUCCGCGCCAAAAUGUCCGUCGACGACCCCAACAAAGCUCUGCGCGACCCCGUCAUCUACCGCUGCAACCCGCAAGCGCACCACCGCACCGGCGACACCUGGAAGAUCUACCCGACCUACGACUUCUGCUGCCCGAUCGUCGACGCCAUGGAAGGCGUGACCCACGCACUCCGCACGACUGAGUACAAGGACCGCGACGCGCAGUACCAAUGGUUCCUGAAAACGCUGCGACUCCGCCAUGUCUACAACUGGGACUUCGCGCGCAUGAACUUCAUCCGGACCUUAUUGUCGAAACGCAAACUGACCAAGCUCGUCGACGCCGGCGUAGUCUGGGGCUGGGACGACCCACGCAUGCCAACCGUGCGCGGGAUCCGACGGCGGGGGUGCACGAUCCCCGCGCUGCAGGAGUUCAUCCUGAAGCAAGGGCCCAGCAAGAACAUUGUCAACCUUGACUGGACGACCUUCUGGGCGACGAACAAGAAGUACAUCGACCCGAUCGCUGCGCGGUACACGGCCGUCGAGCAGGCCGACGCGGUGAGCUGCACCGUUGUCGGGGCGCGCGCGGCGCCGUAUUCAGAGGACAAGGAGCUGCAUGUCAAGUACAAAGAGCUGGGGUCCAAGAACGUGUGGUACAGCCAGCACAUCAUCAUCGACCAGGCCGACGCGCAGAGCUUCGCGCAGGACGAGGAGAUCACGCUCAUGAACUGGGGAAACGCGAUCGUCAGGAGUAUCUCCCACUCCGUGAACCCGCUCAACCUCCUCACGGGGCAUAAAGUCGUGACGGCGCUGGAGCUGGAGUUGCACCUCCAGGGCGACUUCCGCAAGACGGAGAAGAAGGUCACGUGGUUGUCCAAGGAUCAGGAACUUAUCCCCGUCGAGCUGGUGGACUUUGAUUAUUUGAUUACGAAGGAUAAGCUUGAGGAGGACGAUGUGCUCGAGGAUGUGCUGAAUCCGAAGACGGAGUUUAGGACGAGCGCGUGGGCGGAUUGCAAUGUGGCGGGUUUGAAGGAGGAUGACAUCUUGCAAUUUGAUCGGAAGGGAUAUUUCAGGGUGGAUAAGGCGUUCAAGCAUGGCCAGCCGGCUGUGAUGUUCCAAAUCCCGACGGGGAGGUCGAAGUAG